CUGUUAGCUGGCUGUGGCUGGAGGGGUACACUGGGGUUCGGGCGGCGGAGAGAGACGGGGCGCCCCUUUCGGAGGGGCCGGUCCGAGCCGGGCUUCGGGGGAACGAGUCCUGCGGCCGCCCCGCCCCGCCCAGGAGGAGCUUGUAGGCUGCCCGGGAAGGGGCAGGGGGAAAUGGGGCCGCCGGUAGUGCUGGGCGGUGCCGGCGGUCGCCGGGGCGGGCGGAGUGACUGACAGAGCGCUCCGGGGCCGGGGCUGUGCUGGGCUGGCGGCGGGCGGCGCUUCCCGGCCCUCCCUGGCGGCUGAGCCCGACAGUGCCGAUCAGAAAAUGGGGGUGGACGGCGGGCGGGGGGAGCGGUGCGUCCUCGGCUCUCGAUCGCCUAAAAUGGCGCUGAAGAGCUGAGCCGGCUGGUCCUGGAGUUCUGGAGGCAGCUGAGGAGGCUGCGCCUGUCGUGUUGAACUCCGAAAAAAACCUUGUUUCCGUCGGUCUGGCUGUGGCGGGAGUUUGGCGGCGGCAGCUUCAUGUUCUCUGUGGAAUUGAACUACGUCUUGGGAAAUAAAGAAAUGGAUGAGAUGGAUGAAACAUCUAAAAGAAUCCUAGAGCCAUACCAGUAUUUGCUUCAACUACCAGGUAAGCAAGUGAGAACCAAACUGUCACAGGCCUUUAAUCACUGGCUGAAUGUUCCAGAAGAUAAAAUACAGGUUAUCAUUGAAGUGACUGAGAUGUUGCACAAUGCAAGCCUGCUUGUGGAUGAUAUUGAAGAUAACUCAAAGCUACGACGGGGCUUUCCAGUGGCACACAGUAUCUAUGGAAUUCCAUCUGUAAUCAACUGUGCUAAUUAUGUUUAUUUUCUUGGCUUAGAGAAGGUUUUAACCCUUGAUCAUCCAGAUGCUGUUAAAGUUUUUACCCGUCAACUUCUGGAACUCCAUAAAGGUCAAGGCUUGGAUAUUUACUGGAGGGAUACUUACACCUGUCCUACAGAGGCUGAGUAUAAAGCGAUGGUACUGCAAAAGACAGGAGGUCUCUUCGGAUUAGCUGUAGGCCUCAUGCAGCUCUUCUCAAAUUACAAAAAAGACUUAAAGCCGCUUCUUAACACACUUGGUCUCUUCUUCCAAAUAAGAGAUGACUAUGCCAACUUGCACUCCAAAGAAUAUAGUGAGAACAAGAGUUUUUGUGAAGACUUAACUGAGGGCAAGUUCUCAUUCCCAACCAUUCAUGCCAUUUGGUCAAGACCUGAAAGUACUCAGGUGCAAAACAUUUUACGACAAAGGACGGAGAACAUAGAUAUAAAAAAGUACUGUGUACAUUACCUUGAAAAUGUUGGUUCCUUUGAGUACACUCGAAAUACAUUGAAAGAGCUUGAAUCUGAAGCCUAUAAGCAAAUUGAAUCACUUGGGGGAAACCCUGAGCUUGUAGCACUAGUUCAACAGCUGAGCAAAAUGUUCAAAGAAACUGAAAAUUAAAAAAUUGACUUCUGUGUGUGUAUGAAAACUCUUUUGAAAAUGGGAGAAUAAACAGAUGGAGAGUUGUGAUAAUCAGUCUUACAUAAAACUUUCUCUUGUAGCGAUGUUACAGAAAUUACUGUAAAAAAUAACUAGUCAUUGAAAUAUAUACCUUAUAUAGUCAUCAAUCACUAGUCAUUUUGAAAUAUAUACCUUAUUAUCUUUGAAGUCUUAACUCUAACUGCUUACAGUUGGUUUUGUUAAAGCAGAUGUACUAGAACUGAAACAAGUUUUGAACCUAAGUGUAAUAGUUUUGACAGAAUCACAGGCAUUAUUUCAUACCUAAAACUCUUAUGCCCCUAACCAGGCUAUGAUAGGAUUUUGGUUGAAAUUCUGUGUUAAAUUAAAUCAGGUUGACAUAUGUAUAUUAUGCAUUUUAAACAGUGCUCUUGUAAACCAAAAUUUGUGUUAAAAAAGACAGUACUUGCAACCACAAUGCACAUAAAAUUGUGUGAUAUUUCUAAGUUUAACUUGUGAAGAUCAGGUGGAUCAGUUUACUCUGUCCUAGAGUGAAUAUCCUAUCCAGCUUCUGUGGAUAUUUUCUGGGGAAUGAAUUAUGAAAGAUACUAUUUCAUAUGCAAAUAAGACAUGCUCAGUCUGAUAUUGUGACUUGAUAAAGAUUUUGCAGUACCUUAGAGAAAAGAUUUCAUCACAUCAAUUAAGUGUAAAUUUGCUGCUGAUUCCAGCUCUGCAGUGAGCAAUUUUGCUCACCUGAUUUUAGAUUUUGAAAUUGUCGAACAUUCUGUAGCCAGAAACUUAAAUCUAUGCAUUAGAGCUCAUAUAUGUAACUGUAAAUAGCAACAUAAUGAGCUACUAUUAGAAAUGGAAAGGGAUUCAUACCAGGUAACUUUAGGACACCGUAAUUGGUGCAGGUCUCUUUAAUCUCUGCUUAUAAUUGAGCGGCCUCUUCAAGACUUUAUUCAUAAUUCAUAUUUCAUUCUUGUCCUGAAUUGCUGUCUGGAGGCAUGUUCUAUAUCUCUCCAAAGAGACAAGAACUGUAAUUUUUUUCUUAAAACAAAGUACAGUAUCUUGUUUUACAAGCUACAAUACCACUUCAGUUUUGUUAAUUGCUUAAAUAGAGCUUUAAAAUUAUAGACAAACCAAAAUAGAGCUGGGACUGAGAGCAAGAUUAGGGGUGGGGCUGAUAAGUAACAAAGUUCUUUCUCAGAUAUAUAUAUAUAUAUAUAUAUAUAUAUAUAUGUUAAUAAAAUAUAAGCAGAGAUGUUUGGUUUUUUCUUGCCUGGGCCGGCUUUGAUCAGAUUCAGUUCUCUUAGUAUUCACAGGUAUAUUAAGUUUUGCCUUGGGGGUAGCAAGGUAAUGGUUUGGAUCAAAGGUAGGACUGGUGCUAUAAGCUGUGCUAUUAGCUCAAGCAUACUCUGAAAUGGACAGAGGUGCUUGGCUUCUGAUGGCUAAAGGAUAGUUUUAUGCAGAUGUUCAUUUAUUGCACCUGGAAAACAGGGAGAGCUAUGAUCUCAAGCCACUGAGAAAACUAACUGGAGAAGGUUGCUGUAAUGUCUUCCCUGGGCAGCCUCAAUAUCUUUCUGAAAGUGAUCAAACAUGACAAAAUUGAGGAUGACUGCUUUCAGUCUGAAAUAUUAUGUAGUUAUGGAUGAUAGCCUCUCCCUUUUAUCUGCAUGCUGUGGAGAAAUCUUUGUCUGAUUAGACACUGAAUAAUAGGCUUUUCACUGAAUGGACCUGGUUGCCAGGACUGAAUAGCUUAAAGUUGGUGAAAGCUAUCUUUAAUGUUAAUGAAAGAGAAUUGUGAUUCCUUUUUCAUAACUUGCAGUGCUUAGUAAGCCUGAAAAUUUUUAAUGUGUUAUGUGAAAAUACUAUCUGCAGCAAAUUACAUUUAUUUUGUGCCAUGUCUUGGAAGUUUCUAAGCACUGUUGCAGUUGAUGUUGAAUAGGGGAAAGCACUGAAAAGAUUAUUGUUGUCAGGCGAAUCUCCUAGUCUUACUGUGAAAUGUAUCCUUGUGCCUGUUAGGAUAUUGUAACUGCAACACAAUGCAAAGUGCACUUAGUGCCAUUUCAUUUCUGUUCUGUUGCUGGAUGUAAACAGUUCUGUAUAAUCAGACUUCCAUAAUGAAGUAGCUUUUCUUACUGUUUGUAUAAAGUUUUUCUACCCAUCUGAGAUUUCUGCUAUGUCAUUGCUCCUUUUUUUCAUUCUGGCAAUUCACCCCAGUAUUUAUUCUAAUUCAAUAUCUUGUAGCAUGUGCCUUCAUUAGGAGUAGGUACAUGGAUGUUUUCCAGUUGCAGACCAUUUAAACCACCACAAAUGGGUAAGAAGGGAACAGUUGGUCAGUUUUCUUUUCCCAGGUUACAAGAGGCCAUGCAGCUCUCUCUUCUGCUUUCAAGGCAUCUGAUGUCAGUAUUGAAAGCAUAUGCUGAAGGCGUAUCUGGAAAGGCUCACAAGUAGAGCAUUGCUGCUCUUCACUUAGAUAGGAUAGACAGGAUUGUAAGAGCUGUGCUUGAUGUAUUCAGGAGUCUGAAGAGGCUGGGAUAUUUCCCCUUCAUCUGUUAAGCUGGUAGAGCAUCUUUAAGUACUAAAUGCCAGUAGUAAUGAUGUCCCUUAGUCAAGGUAGAUUUUUUUAUUUGGUGCCAUAAGAUCAGUCUGUGCAUUUUCAUCAAUAUCCUCCAAUGUUAUCACUGGUUAAGUGAUGCUCCUGAGGUUAAGCAGUGUUAAGAAAAACCCUUCUUUAAAGCAGCAUGGGAGUUCUUGUGACUGCACAAUUAGUUGUGUGAGUGCCCCUCUGUUGCUAUGCCUCCCACAACACAGGGAGUAGGGAUUUUUCCUGAUCUUCAUAAAAUAUGCACUGUUGUAGAAUGGCAAUCCAAGUUGCAAGUGGAGAUGCCCAUGGGGAAACAAAGGGGAUGCUGGUUUCAAUGUCAGUCCCUUUGAGCCAGAAUCAUUCCCCUUGCCAGCAAGUUGUACUUUGAUCAGGUUAUCAGUGCAUUUCCUGGGGAUUUAGUUCUUGCAGUUCAUACUAAGAGAUGCAAAUACUCAUCAGUCUGGAGCAUUCCCCACUACCUCAGUCUGUUUUCUGAUUUUAUGCUUGCUUGGAUGUAAAUGAGUGCUGUCACCUGUCUUAGAGUAGCCAGCCAUUGGAUGGGACAUCUGUCUUUGCUUUUUCAUAGGCUUAUGUUUACCCCAUCAAUUAUGAUGAAAAUUACAUAAUUUCAAGACCUUCCAGAGAAGAUAGCUUUCUCCUCUCCUUUUGAACUCAGGCUGUUCAGGUACCCAUUCAGAGCAUCUUUGUAUGUAUCAGCCAGUUGUUGAUACAAACAACAUAGAAAUGUUAAUGGGAAAGAAACUGUUGGCUGUUCUUUAUGUUUCUGCUAUUUUGUUAAUUGUUUCUGCUUUUUUGUUAAUUUGACUGCAUGUGCUAUGGGAAUUUCCUAUAUUAAUGUCUGUUUUCCUCAGUUACUGUUAAAAUGCUAGCAAGGUAUAAAAACGGGUUUGUGAGGGGGUUUGCAAUUCUCAAGUAAAACUGGUUUGAACUUUAAUAAGCCUUUAUCACUGAAUUGGGCCAGGCUUUUAUUCAUGUGCCAUAUGGGCAUCUGUUGCUCUUCUUUGUCCCAUCUUCAUCAUUUUACAUUUCAGGUUUGGUAUUUACUAUGCUCUUUGUAUUAUUUGCUCAGUACUUUCACUGUAAUUCUUCUUUCAGCUAUAUUUCUAUUCUGCUGUUAAUACCAAACACACCUAAUACCACCAAACUCAGUUUUGAUCCUGGACAAACAUACUAGUCUGGGUCUAUUUUUAAAAUGCUGAAUCUUGGCUCAUCAUUUGCCUUCACAAAAAGUAAUCCAAGAUUAAUCCAAGAUUUUUCUGCAACCUUAAAAUGCCUGAAGCUUUUUUUCCAGGAAGCUAAAGCCUGUAACAUCUUAUAUGACAACAAAUUAUUUUUGUCUCAUGUAGGUUGAGCUAUGUUCCUUGCCCUACCUGUUUGCUUUCAAGAUCCUUUUUGCUUUGGUGGUAAUGCCUGUUAGGUCUUUUUAUGAAUGAACUUAACUCACUAGCCCUGAGGGAGAGAAGGUAAUUUUUGUCCAGGUUAAUGAAUUAUCCCACUCAGCAAGAGCCUGAUGAAUGUCAGAGUUGGCAGGUAGACAAAGGCCAAGGAAAGGAUUUCAGAAUAAGAAAACUCAUUUUGGCCUCCUGAGGCUGUCUCAUAUCAUUUUGCCUUCUUUUACAGAAUUUACUUGACUUAGUUAGGAAAAGCUGAAGUGUGUAGUUAGUUUCUCUGAACAUCCCAAACAGACUGUGAGAGAUACUUAAGUUAAAAAUUAUUUAUUCUGACAAUUAUUUAUGUAAUUUGCAUAUAUCAUCUAAAGAUUUUAUUAAAGGUACAGAUAAAACA